UCCCCCCACCCUCCCUCCUUCUCUCUCCCUUUCUCCUAUCUCCCCCCUCUCUCCUCUCCUCGCAGAGCUCCAGCCGGUGUCCGGUCCCUCCUCCCUGCUGCCGCCAUGGCCGCGGAGGAUGCCGGUCGGGAUGCUGCGACCCCCGGACCUGCUGAAAGCACCGAGAUGGACGAACGGCUGAAGGAGGAGAACAUGAAGGCUGAUCUGGAGGCUUCUCCGCCUUCUGGGCCGGAGGAUUUGGCGAUCCAGUGUCGAGAUGUGGGUCGGUCGUACGGCAAAAUGAAGGUCCUCAACAACCUGAACCUGACCGUGCCACAGGGACGAAUUUAUGGUCUUUUGGGCCCCAGUGGUUGUGGGAAAACCACAUUACUGAAAUGCAUUGUGGGAACUUUGAAGAUCUCACGUGGUCACAUCAGCGUUUUGGGGAAGCCUCCUGCGUUCCCUGGUCAUCACGUGCCAGGCAGGAUGGUCGGGUACAUGCCGCAGGAGCUGGCGUUGUACAGCGAGUUCACCAUCAGUGACACUCUCAGUUUCUUCGGCCGAAUCCACGGCCUGACGUCGAAGGAAACCAAGGCUCGCACGGAUUUCCUCAUCGACUUCCUGGAUCUACCUCAGAAGCACAGCCUGGUCCGAAACCUCAGUGGCGGUCAGAAGCGCAGAGUGUCUCUGGGUGCGGCGCUGCUUCAGAACCCUGAGCUGCUCAUUCUGGACGAACCCACCGUGGGAGUGGACCCUGUGCUCAGGGCGAAGAUCUGGCAGCAUCUGGUGGAGAUUGUGAAGACGGGGAAAGUCUCUGUCAUCAUCACCACACACUACAUCGAGGAGGCCAGGCAAGCCAAUGUGGUGGGUCUCAUGAGGAACGGCCAUCUGCUGGCUGAAGGAACUCCAGACGCCGUCAUGAAGAUGCACAACGCCGCAACGCUGGAGCACGCCUUCCUGCGUCUGUGUGAGACGUCGGAUCAGAUGGGCUCUAAGCGGGGGGACAGUCCAGAGGGGGGGCCGCUGGAGAACAGCCAAUCAUUCGAGAGCAGACCAGAAGAGAGUCUGCCGAUUCUCGCCGUCGGACCUCGAACCCCAGAGGAGCCUCCGAAACAUUCAGCGGACUGGAAGGUGCGAGCCAGACACGUUAUGCCCAAGUGGAGAAACAUCGCCGCCCUGAUGAUUAAAACAAUGGUGCGGAUGAAGAGAAUGCCGGGCUCGUUGUGUUUCCAGUUCCUGCUGCCCGUCAUCCAGGUGUCUCUGAUCUGUGUUUGCAUCGGAGCUGACCCAAAAGAGAUCCAUGUUGCCGUGGUGAACAACGAGACCUCCCCCUCCUCUUACAGCCAAUCACUGCUCUCCUUUCUGGACAACUCCAGCGUGGUCCAGGUGAACUUGAACCAUACAGAAGCUUUUGAAGGGAUUUAUAACGGAGAGUACUGGGGCGUCAUCGGCUUCGGGGAAAACUUCACCAGCUACCUGACGAAAAGGAUGAUGUCGCGGCAGGUUUCUAGAGAAGUGCUCGAUGGAGGAUCAAUACACGUCUGGCUGGACCUGACAAAUCAACAAAUUGCACUGAUGCUGCAGAAAAAAGUAUACGAAGCCUUUCAGUCUUUUGUGGAUUAUAAAUUGGGCAGUAUGUCGUACAUGGUCGCGCUACCAAUAAAGAUGGAAGAGCCGAUUUAUGGCAGCCAAAACACAGACUUCUCCACUUUUGUGACGCCCGGAGCUGUUCUCAGUAUCACCUUCUUCCUGGCUGUGGGUCUGACGGCGCUCUCCUUCGUCAUCGAGAGGAAGGAGGGGCUCAUGGACCGCUGCUGGGUCGCAGGUGAGGGGUCAAAGCUGCAUGGAGUCACACUGCAG